GAGGGGAGGGGAAGGGUUUUGGCAGCGAGCGCGAGAGAAGGGAAGGGGGAAGAUGGCGAGCGAAGAGGAGAGCACGGUGAGGGAGCCUCUUGAUCUCAUAAGGCUUAGCCUCGACGAGCGCAUCUAUGUGAAGCUCCGCUCCGACCGAGAGCUCCGAGGAAAACUCCACGCUUAUGAUCAGCAUCUAAAUAUGAUACUUGGAGAUGUGGAAGAGGUAAUCACUACUGUUGAAAUUGAUGAUGAAACUUACGAAGAGAUUGUUCGGCUUUGCUGCACCUGCACCAGUACCCGCCCCUGAUUCUAAUUUUUAGCAAGCAAGAAACUACCAGACGCACUGUUCCAUUUCUUUUCGUCAGAGGAGAUGGAGUAAUACUAGUUUCUCCACCUCUGAGAACUGCAUGAGAAUCUGGUGAUGCAUUUGGCCACUUACCAAUGCUGAAAUGGAAUUGGAUAGAUUCUUACCUACUCCAAUGUACUGUCAUCUUCCUUGCAAAUGCAGCCAAAGUAACCCUUAUGUUGUAGCUGACUUAAUGUCUUUUUAUUUAUGUUCAUGCCAUGCAAGAAUAUGUUACAGAGUGCAAAAGAUUGUAAUCUGAUUAGUGUUUUAACAAAGCUGUGUGGAAAUCAAUCUAGAUCUCUUUAUGAUUAGGUUUCUGGGUUCAUCAUAGACAGGCUAAUUUAAUUGUCUGGAUCCAAUUUCUGUAAACAUGUGAACUUGUCAUAUUGGUGGUCGAACUUUCAAGUAUUUAAUCAGUUAAAGUCCAUUUGUUGGAUGCAAA